AUGGCAGCGCCACAGCUUGAACGUACUUGCCUUGUUACGGUAGGCGCUACAGUGGGUUUUAAGAAACUCGUUGAUACAGUGCUUCUACCAAGCUUCUGGCAGUACAUAGCCUCCCAGGGAUUCACACAGUUGCAUAUCCAGUGUGGCCCCGAUGUCGCAUGGGCUAGCAAGCAACUCAGACGUGUCAAAAAUGAUAUCCCUUCGGAACUAACUAUAGACAUAUUCGAUGUGAAGAAGAAUCUCAUGAAGGAAGAAAUGACACUGUGCAAAGAUGUAGCAGGUAAACGUCAACUAGGACUUGUUAUAUCACAUGCCGGCACCGGAACCAUAUUGGAUGCCUGGAAGAUGGGAUUGCCUAUCAUCGUGGUGCCUAACACACAACUAUUGAAUGAUCACCAGACGGAGAUGGCGAAGCAUCUCUCUAAGGAGGGAUAUGCCAUCAUGAGCUCCGGGAGCGCCGAGGAUCUCGAGGAAGCCAUCCAUAAGGUGGGACUCCUUUGGGAAGAGAACAAGACUCGAUGGCCUCCUCACAAUAUCCCCUCCCAGGCGCCCGACAGACUUAGCCUGUGGGAUCUCGCUCCCGAGGAAGUCGCCAGAGAACAGAACGCGACGAUGGUACACGAUUAG